UAGUGUACUGGAGUGUUCGAGGCUUCCCCUCCCCACUAGCCACAGUAGCACCUCAGCCCAGGUCCCCGUCGCCUCCGCUCAACUGCCGCCGCAGGGCCCGCUGCAGGCUUCCAUGUGUGGUAGGGCCCGGUGUACCCUCAGCCCGGCCGAGGUUGCCAGGGCCUUCGGCUUCCCCACCACCUCCGCCAACGCGGGCGGCGGUGGAGACGGCCCCGCUGUGCCGACGCUCCAUCUUAACCGGUUCCGGCCGUCGUACAAUGUGUUGCCUGGGGCGUACCUGCCUGUGGGCGCCAUGCGGGCACUACCAGGUUGCGCCCACGGAGGAGGAGGUUCGGAUGGGGAGGGGCCGGUGAUCCAGUGCAUGAAGUGGGGGCUGGUGCCCAGCUUCACCGGCAAGGCCGAGAAACCCGACUAUUUCAGGAUGUUCAAUGCCAGAUCAGAGUCCGUAAAAGAAAAGGUUUCAUUCCGUCGACUAAUUCAAAAAAAUAGGUGCCUUGUUGCAGUAGAAGGGUUUUAUGAGUGGAAAAAGAAUGGAUCAAAAAAACAGCCAUACUACAUACAUUUCCAAGAUCAUAGGCCUCUUGUCUUUGCAGCCUUGUAUGAUGCAUGGACAAAUUCAGAAGAUAGAAUGCCUGUUAUCUUAGGCAGUAAGGACUAUGUUGAUGCUUGGUUAAAUGAUGUUUCUGUAAAACUUGAAGAAAUUACUGCACCUUACGAAGGAGCUGAUCUGGUUUGGUAUCCAGUGACAUCCGCAUUGGGUAAAGCAUCAUUUGAUGGACCUGAGUGCAUCAAAGAGGUACAUAUCGGAGCUACUGAUAAGCCUAUUUCAAAAUUCUUCACCAAGAAAUCGACUGCCUACGAUCUAUCAGGGAAGUAUGAGAAUAUGUCACGGGAGCUUGCUCAUGCUUACAAAGCAGCGAAAGUGGAAUGCGAUGGAUCAGUAGAAAAUCAAGGAGGGGACGGCAACCAACACCAGUCCCGAGAGAAGCAAACUACUAAUUGUACUAUAAAGGAUGAACCUGUCACCUUGGAACCACAAGUUUUCGAGACACCGUGGAGCAUCGAGCAUGAAGAUACUAUGACUCUGGCUGGUGCCACUUUGGAAACACAACGUGAUUUGGGAUUCAAGAGAAAGAUCGAGGACACUCAAGUCGAAGCUAGCAUGAAACCCUCUCAGCUUACCAGGAAGGAAAAAGCUGUAAAAGCAGCUUCGGAUGGGCAGGCAUCGUUGCUUUCAUAUUUCGCAAGGAAGCAGGGUCGCUCGAUGAAGUAGUUUGCGGUAGCCGUGCCAUGUAUUCCUGUGUAACUCAAACUUUACCAGUACCUGUCCUCCGUGUUCGGGACAAACUAUUUCGGUUUUAAUUUUGUUUUGGCUACCACUAAAAUGAACCAGCUAGAUUUCUGCGGUCAUUAAUUUUCUGCGGCCCAACUUAGCCGAGGCCAAUGAAAAAAGAACUUUAUUUCCGGUAGUCUGGUCCAAUCACUGAAUUAAGAACCUUGUUUUUGGUGGUUAUGUUAAGCCGCUGAACAUAAGGGUGA